UCUCUCUCUCUCACACACACACACACACUCUCUCUCUCUCUCUCCUGCUUUCCUCUCUCUCUUAGUAGCGGCAGUUGCUGCUCUUCUGCACCUGCUGCCUCCUGCCACUUGCACCACCACCACCACCACCACCAGCUCAGCUACUGUUAAAUAAUCAGAUCAUGAGGAAUUUCCACUAAAUAAUGUUUCCCAAAAAAUUCGUAUAUAUUUGUGUCCAUUACUCCUCACUCACAAGUCCCAUACCUUGCGACAUGCUGAUGCCGGCGGAGUAUAAUUUCGACAAGUAGAAAAAGGACGGAAAAACUCAACUAAAGCCAUUUUGUUUUUUUUUCUUCUAGAGAGAGAAAGUAGAAAAAUCUUGCUGGGUCUCUUUCUCUCAAGUCCCAUCUCAUCUCUGGGUCAUGUUAUUUUUUAAAACAAUGCGUUAAGUGCGCGGGCUGAUAACUCUGUACUUCUGUUGAUUACAUCUCGCUAGCUGGCAACUAGCAACUAACAAAGGGUUGUGGGUUGUUGGAGACGAUGUGUGGAUUAAUUGACUUGAACACGGUGAACAACGACGACGACGGCAGCGGAAGUGAAAUGACGCCUUCUGCUUCGGAGUCGGUGUGUAUGGAGCUAUGGCACGCUUGUGCCGGGCCGUUGAUUUCGCUGCCGAAGAAAGGGAGCCGAGUGGUGUACUUGCCCCAGGGCCACCUGGAGCAGCUCGCUGAUCAGCUCUCUCUAUCCAAUAUUGAUCUUCCUCCUCACAUUUUCUGCCGCGUCGUCGAUGUCAAGCUCCAUGCGGAGGCAACUACUGAUGAGGUGUAUGCACAAGUUUCUCUGCUUCCAGAUUACCAGAUGGAGCAUAAAUGGAAGGAAGGGGAAGUUGAAGUAGAAACUGAAGAAGAUGUUGAAGGCGCUGGAAAGUCUCUGACGCCCCACAUGUUCUGCAAGACCCUUACUGCUUCAGAUACUAGCACUCAUGGGGGUUUCUCUGUCCCUCGUCGAGCUGCUGAAGAUUGUUUCCCUCCUCUGGAUUAUGAGCAACAGAGGCCUUCUCAGGAGCUUGUAGCUAAGGAUCUGCAUGGAAUGGAGUGGAAAUUUCGGCACAUAUACCGGGGGCAGCCCCGAAGGCAUUUACUGACAACCGGUUGGAGUGCAUUUGUCAAUAAGAAGAAGCUUGUUUCUGGAGAUGCUGUUCUUUUUCUGAGGGGUGGUGAUGGAGAACUUAGGCUUGGUAUCCGAAGAGCUGCUCAGCUAAAAAGUUGUUCUACAUUUCCAACUGCAAGCCAACAGUUCAAUGCCAGCAGCAUCACUUCUGUGGUCAAUGCUGUAACCACGAGAAGGGUCUUCAAUGUCUGUUACAAUCCAAGGGCUGGCUCAUCAGAGUUUAUUGUACCUUACCAAAGAUUCUCAAAGAGUGUUGCACACUCUAUUUCAGCGGGAAUGAGAUUUAAAAUGCGUUUUGAAACAGAAGAUGCAGCUGAGAGAAGGUGCACUGGACUUAUUGUUGGGAUAAGUGAUGCUGAUCCUGUUAGGUGGUCUGGUUCAAGAUGGAGGUGUCUAUUGGUUAGGUGGGAUGAUAUGGAGGUGUCUCGGCAUAAUCGAGUGUCCCCUUGGGAGAUUGAGCCAUCUGGUAUAGUUUCUGGUCACAGCAGCUUAGUGACCCUGGGAACAAAAAGGACGAGGACCGGUUUGCUAACGACCAAAUCUGAACAUUCAGUUGCCAGAGAUGCAACAGGAAUAUCAGAAUAUGGAGAUAUAAGGUUGCAGAAGGUCUUGCAAGGUCAAGAAAUUGUAGGUUUGAAUAAUCCAUAUGAUGGUUUUGAUGCCUCGAGUCAGCAUCCAUCAGAAAUGAAAUCUUUUCCCAAUACUAAAGAUUCCAGGAUUUCUGUAGUGCCAAAUCAGCUUAAAUCCCUGCAAGGAGACUCUUUUGCUUCACACGAAGUGAGCUUUGUUGAACCUUUUCAGUUCAAUCAGGUCUUGCAAGGUCAAGAAACUAUUCUGAACCAAUCAUAUGGAAGAGGGCCUGCUGUUGAUAUUGUGCUAGAAAGUAGUGGGUCUUCUAUACUUAAUGGUGUGCAGGUCCCAGGCCAGGGGAACAGAUGGUCUGCUAUUCGGGGUUAUCCUACUCAUGUUCAACCUCCCAAUCCAUCAGGGCAGCUGUCAUCACCAUCUUCUGUUAUGAUGUUUCAUCAAGCAAGCUAUCCAGUUUCUAAAGUGCGUGAUGCACCAUGUGGUGGUAACUUGGAGAAGUUAGAGGCUUGCAACCGGGGUUUAUUUGAUACUUCUGAAAGGUAUAUUAGGCGGAUCAGCGCGUGUUCUCCUGAGAGUAGCUCUAGGAGGGAAGAUGUAUAUGGAUCCAGUUCUGGUUUCUUGAAAGACCAUAGGAAUUUGGGGUAUGCAGACACUGCUUUUCCAAAUGAAUCAUCACAUAGAAGAGGCCAGACUGCAGUUUCCAUGUGCAAAAAUAGUUGCAGGCUUUUUGGUUUUCCUUUGGCUGAGGGGAAAAAUGGCACAAAUGAAGAGAACCAAAUUCAAGUCAAAAUGCCCUAUGAUCAUGACGCAGCUUUUGUACCCGAGAAUGAUGUGCAAUUGCACCCAAAGCCUUCACUUGUCACUAAGGUAACUGGAAACAGUUGCACUAAAGUAAGUGACCUCUAUAAUGUAAGAGAUAUGCUUCUCGAUAUAGCUUUGUAGUGCAAAUCUGUUUUGACAUCUGAGUUACAAGUAAAUGAGCAGUUGAUGAAAUGACCUAUAACUAGUUGAACUUUUUAUAUUAGUUGUUGUUGCUUUUGACCACUAUGGUGAAAAUGGAAGGCAUGCCAUGAAGUAAAGAUGGAUAGGUGUUUUGCUAAAAUCCCAAAGCAAGCGUGAUUUAGGAUUUGUACGAAGAUACGUUUCAGCAAACGUCAGAGGUACAGAUUUUAGUCUCUCUUGUCGUGGUAUUGGGAAUGGUAGUUAAGAAAAUUGGUCAGCUCUAUUUCUGAGCAGCAGCCAGCUUGUUUCCUGAUCUCUAUUUCCUUAGACCGAAUGACUGAAUGUAAGUGAGGCAUCUGAGGCUUCAGUUAUAUGAUGCAGUGCAUGAAAGGCAUAGCUGCUCCGAUGGCUUGUUUAAAACUCUUAAAUUUCUUAGAAAGAUUCUGCAUGGUUCUGUUUAUGAUUUAAAUGUCCAUUUUGAUGACAAUCAAUGUGAAAAGAAGAAAUUAUGUAGUAGUUUUAUUUCUGGGGCAAGUUCUUCCCCAUGGAUAUGUACUUUUGAAGCAGUUGUGCCAACGGCUCAACUAGAUUUGCCAUCUGUCCCUAAGCUCCUUGGAUUUUGUUGUAUGAACAUGAUUUGUGAGUUGAGGGGCUUGAUUUCUUCUAUUGUUUUCUUUAUUCAGUUCAUAGGAAAAAGUUCUUCCUCAGAAUGUAUGACUUGCGCUUGAAUUGAUUCUAUAACAUGGUUAUAUCCUCGCUGA